UACAGGCGUGAAUUAGUGUGGUCUGAGUUGGAUAAACUGCUCCACAAUGAGGAUGAUGCAACGGUUUCCACUCCAUACACCGCUGUGGUUUUGCAGUAUCGUGUUGUGCUCCAUGACAAACCAAAUGAAUCAGUUACGGAUAAUGGCUCACCAAAUGGUUAUGCCAAUGGUAACACUGUUUAUGAUGCUCAACAUCCCUGCAGGGCAAAUGUUGCUGUAAAGAAAGAGCUCCAUACUCCCGCAUCAGAUCGUUCUUGCACUCAUUUGGAGUUUGACAUAUCAGGCACAGGACUUGUUUAUGAAACAGGGGACCAUGUUGGUGUCUACUGUGAGAAUUUGCUUGAGAAUGUCGAGGAAGCAGAAAAAUUACUAAACCUGUCUCCACAAACAUAUUUUUCAGUUCAUACCGAUAACGAGGAUGGCACACCACUCAGUGGAAGCUCCUUGCCACCUCCAUUCCGCCCUUGCACUUUGCGAACAGCGCUAACCAAAUAUGCAGAUCUUAUGAGUAUGCCCAAAAAGUCUGUGCUAGUUGCAUUAGCAGAAUAUGCUUCCGACCAAAGUGAAGCUGAUCGGCUCCGGUAUCUUGCAUCUCCCGAUGGAAAGGAGGAAUAUGCACAGUAUGUAGUUGCAAGUCAAAGAAGCCUACUUGAGGUCAUGUCUGAUUUCCAGUCUGCCAAGCCUCCUCUAGGUGUUUUCUUUGCAGCAGUUGCUCCUCGCCUGCAGCCCAGAUUUUAUUCUAUCUCAUCCUCCCCGAAAAUUGCACCGACUAGAGUUCAUGUAACUUGUGCUCUGGUUUACGACAAAACACCAACAGGACGAAUCCACAAGGGUAUAUGCUCUACAUGGAUAAAGAAUGCUAUGCCUUUGGAGGAAAGCAGCGAUUGCAGUUGGGCACCAAUCUUUAUUCGGAACUCUAACUUCAAACUCCCUGCUGAUCCUAAACUACCGAUAAUAAUGGUCGGCCCUGGUACCGGUUUGGCUCCGUUUAGGGGUUUCCUUCAGGAAAGGUUAGCUCUAAAGGAAUCUGGAGCUGAACUUGGUCCUGCAAUUUUAUUUUUUGGUUGCAGGAACCGUAAACUGGAUUUUAUUUAUGAAGAUGAGCUGAACAGCUUUGUCAAAGCUGGAGUGAUUUCUGAGCUCAUAGUUGCAUUUUCACGAGAGGGACCCACCAAGGAAUACGUACAGCACAGAAUGUCUCAAAGGGCUUCAGACGUGUGGAAAAUGAUCUCCGAUGGAGGCUAUGUAUACGUCUGUGGUGAUGCCAAGGGAAUGGCACGUGAUGUACACCGAACUCUCCACACAAUUGCACAAGAACAGGGUUCUCUGAGCAGCUCUGAAGCUGAGGGCAAGGUUAAAAAUCUGCAAACGACAGGAAGGUACUUGCGGGAUGUCUGGUGAUGAGCCCCUCGCCGUGUAUGUGUUGACUCGGGUAAAGAAACAAGGUCUUCAUUACAGUAUUGCUAAUUUCUCAACUAUAAAGGGAGGUAAUCUGCACAGACAACUCCUUGCCUUCAGAAGAUUGUUUCUACAAAUUUUGUUUUUGUAUGUUCUUUUUGUUUCUAUUUUUGCCUCUUUAACGAUUUCUUUUUUGUUUCGUAUAACUAGUAGCUAUAGUACAGAUGUAUGAUAUGCGAUUAAUGUCGACUCGAUGUUAGAUAUAGUAACUCUUGAUGAGCCACCAAGAUGGCUUAGACCAAGGUUUUCUUUUUAA